UCCCUCACGCCAGCAGACCUCAACGACUUUGACGCACCCAAACAACCGACUACCUCCAAUCAUCGCCUGCCUUUCCUUGUUUCUUCCAUUUCCGCUUCUUCCUCUCUCCUUCAACUCGACGACCAAUUCGUUCCUCUCGGCGCCCGCUCUAGUUCUUCAAAGAGGUUUGGUCCCAUUCUUCACAGACUGUUCCCGGGGAGAAAUUUUGGCUGGAAACGAGAAGUAACUGAUAGUCUAAUUAUUUGGUCGGAAUGUCAUCACAUCUAUUUGGUGGAGUGGUGGACUAUAAUCAUGCGUAAUAAUACAGGGGAGUAUGCAUGUUCCUUUUUAUGGACGAGCAGAUGCGAGUACAUCAACCAUCAAGUGUUUUGGCAUCUCGAUUGAUGUUUCCUAAUUCAGGAUAUAUCCAUGGAAAUGGUGAUGCUGGUUAUUUGCCUCAGACAUCUGAUUCUAUGAUGAGGCAUCAAUAUCAAAAUGCUCCUGGUCCUAGUAAUGCGGAUGAACCCAAUAACCGUUUAGUGGAUCCAGACAUUGCGGAACUUUACUACAGAUCCCACAUGCAGGAAGAAGAGAUCUUACUUCUCCGCAGACAAAUAAAUGAUGCCUGUAUGAAAGAACUUGAUUUACUCAAUGAGAAGCAUAUUUUGGAAAGAAGGCUUUGUGAAUUGCGGAUUGCACUUGAUGAGAAGCAGGAUGAUGCAAUAUCCAGUGCUUUGAAAGAAUUGACUAAAAAGAGAAGCUAUUUUGAAGAAAAUUUGAGACUGGCUAACGAACUUAAGAUUGUUGAAGAAGAGAUGUACAUACUAAAUUCUUCAUUGCUGAGCUUAUUAGCUGAAUAUGACAUACGACCUCAUCUAAUCAGUUCUUCUGCAAUCUCUUAUUGUAUAAAGCAAUUGUACCAGCAUAUGCAAUGGAAGAUUAGAACUUAUGAACCGUUGAUUCCUGAACUUCGUCUGUAUGAUCAGUAUCCUGUGAAUUUGCCUGGCAAGAUAGUUUCCAAUGAAAAGAUGGAUAUGAUGGAUUCAAAUAUUCCCCAGAACCCUGAUAUAUAUAGGGAGGUUGGUGGUACCAGUGCUCCAGGUUACUUUGAUCAGUAUGGUCCGGAGGUACCAUUUAGACCAUCUAACACUGAUGCACGGUUCUAUAUGGGUACAAUGCCUGAUAACCAAGUUUCCCUUGCUUCAGAAGGUGGAAUGGAUUUACCAGGUAUAGAUAGCUUUCAAAUAUACGGCGAUGCUUUGCCAGGAUGUAAGUUACAAGCUGCUGGAUAUCCAACAAAUGGAACUACUCUUUGCAUCUUUCAGUGGAUUCGUGAACUUGAUAAUGGCACUAUGCAGUAUAUUGAAGGAGCCACUGUUCCAGACUAUGUGGUAACUGCUGAUGAUGUUGACACUAUUCUUGCUGUCGAGUGCACCCCCAUUGAUGACAGUGGCCAUCAGGGUGAUCUGGUGAGGCAAUUUGCCAACAACCAAAACAAGAUAGCAUGUGAUCCAGAGAUGCAGCAUGAGAUUGAUUCCUAUAUUUCCACAGGCAUGGCAGAGUUUACUGUUAAGUUGUGGAUGGAUGCUCCUGAUUGGGAACAAACAACACUUAUUUUGAAACGUUCAAACUAUCUGAUUAAAUUCAAAAAGACAGACAGAGUGGUGGUGGACGAAAAAUAUUCACCGGAGUUAAAAGUAUGUAUUAUGAAAGUUCCACUUGGUUGCACAACCCAAUUUGUGCUGACCUGUUCAGAUGGAACUAAUUUACCACUUUGCACUGACGAUUGUGGUCAGCCAUUUAACGUCGAAAAUGAUGUCAGGUUACGAGAUAUUAUUGUGCUGACCAUGAGAUAUUUCCAAUCCAAGGCUCUCGAUGCUAAAAGGAAGCUGAAGGCCUAGAAGACAACUACAUCUAACUAUAUUAUAAUUUAAGUUAAAUUCUACCACUUUUCAUUCUCUAUUUUUAUAUUUUAAAUAAAGUUAAUGUUCCAUGUAUUCCUCUUUUUUUAGCAUUAGUAAUUGAUUUGUGUAUAGCUUCUUCUCUGCGGUGUUUUUAUUUUUAUGGUGACGAAGGUAAGGUUUCAACUAUUAAUUUCUAGGAGCAUCCAUGGCGUGUCCAUAUUUGAUACUCAGCUCCAAGAGUUAGUAAUUACAUGUGAAUUUGUGGAUUAACAUAAUUCUUUAUUGCGUAAAAUUUCACAAUAUGAGGCGUGUGGAUUACAAUUGAGAUAUAUCAAUAUUUAUGAUGGAAUGGAUCA